GAGGCUGCGCAGCGGCUCGGUUCGGACAGAGGAGCUGAGCUGAAGGAGUGCGCGCUCGUUCGGGGCUGUCAUCGCGCGUAAAGCUCGCGUCUUCGUCUUUACGCACGGUGCUAAAUGGGAGAUAUAUUUGUAUCUAUUGAGUGUUUUUUUAUUUCCACCUCCUGCGCUGACUCUGACAUUUUUAACCCAUGACGUUAUGAAAGGGACACUUUGAAAAACACUUAGUUCCAUGAGCGGGAGGCGGGGACGGUUUUCCAAACUAUUCCUAUUUUAACUUUCAGACUGGCGUAGUUAGCCGGGCUUUCUGUGCUUUUUCCGUUAAAGGCAACAUGGAUCUAACGUUUAACGCGACCGACGUACUCAAUGACACAAUCAGCCCCAGCGGCACAAGUAACGAGACCGUGUUCAUUAACCAGUUUGUGCAGCCGGCGUGGAGAGUCGUGCUCUGGGCCGUGGCGUACAGCUGUAUAGUUGUGGUGUCGGUGGUCGGUAACGUUACGGUCAUCUGGAUCAUCAUGGCGCACAAGCGCAUGAGGACCGUCACCAACUAUUUCCUCCUGAACCUGGCGUUGGCUGAAGUCUCCAUGUCCGCCUUUAACACGGUCAUCAACUUCGUCUACUCCGUGCACAACGAGUGGUACUUCGGACUGGUCUACUGCCGCUUUCACAACUUCUUCCCCAUCGCGGCGGUGUUUGCAAGCAUCUACUCAAUGACCGCCAUUGCCCUGGACAGGUACAUGGCCAUCAUCCACCCUCUGCAGCAGCGCAUGUCCUCCACAGAGACCAGGGUGGUGGUGGGUGUGAUCUGGGCUCUGGCUCUGCUUCUUGCAUUUCCUCAGUACUACUACUCUACCACAGUCCAACUCCCUGGCCGUGUGGUCUGCUACAUUGAGUGGCCUGAAUACACCGUGUGUGACUUCAAAAAGAUGUACUAUGUGUGUGUGGCCAUCCUGAUCUACUUCCUUCCUUUACUGGUGAUGGGCUGUGCCUACCUGGUGGUAGGACUCAGUCUCUGGGCCAGUGAAAUCCCCGGAGAUUCUUCUGACCGCUACAAGGAACAGCUGACUGCCAAACGCAAGGUGGUGAAGAUGAUGAUUGUUGUGGUGUGCACGUUCGCGCUCUGCUGGCUGCCCUACCAUGUCUACUUCCUGCUGCACCAGUUUUUCCCUGAGAUGUCUGAAGAAGCAUUCAUCCAGCAGGUCUACCUGGCCAUCAUGUGGUUGGCCAUGAGCUCCACGAUGUACAACCCCAUCAUCUACUGCUGCCUCAACGACAGGUUUCGUGCCGGUUUCAGACAAGCGUUCCGCUGCUGCCCCUGCGUCACACAGACUGCUUACGAAGGCCUGGAGCUCAAGUCCACCCGCUACUUUCAGACCCAAACCAGUGUUUAUAAGGGCAGUCGAAUGGAGACGACUGUAUCCACUGUGCUUCACGCUGGGGAAGACGCAGAGCAGCCUAAAGUCAAGGUUACUGGAGGUCACGGGCCUGCUGGGGCUGCAUUUGGGGGGAAACCACAUCGUUCAUCCCUGGACCUAACUUCAAACGGGUCAUCAAUCAGGAGUGUUUCCAAAACGGUGUCAGAGGCAUCGAGCUUCUUCUCCAGUAACAACCUGCAGGAAUAGGUGUGACGUGCAGGCUGCAUUGGUUGUUGCGUAAGAAUCAGGUUUUAUUUUCCUGCGUGGGUUCGUAGUUCAGAGUGAGUGUUUGCCUAUUUACCCAACACCCCACUAGAGAGUACUUGUGAUACCAUAUUAUAUACGUGUUUAUCAAACAUUAGGGAGAUUUUAUCAUGAAGCAACAAAAGGGUACAUCUGCCACAUGAAAAUCAUGCGUAUUACAGACCAGGCUUCAGCAGAUGUUAGCUUUUCCCGUUCUCACAGCUUCUGAUCAUCUCUGCAGCAGAAAGCGAGGUUCACACAUUCUCAGUCACACAUGCUGUGUGACUGACUCCACACUAUCUAUUUUGGAUUGAAGCCACAGUAAAAGCACAAGACAGAGGAUAAUGCGAACACAGCAGCAUCUCGUUCUGACAGGCAGGUCUCUGGAAAUCGGAGGCAUUCCCCCCACAUCUAGAAGAGGAAAAAAUGGGUUUCCAGUCAGGUUUGUGUUAUGAUCAAAGAGGCUCUAACAUAUGAGGAGCUGAAGACGGCGAGCAGCGCCUUUGUGCAAGUGCACACUGAUCAGAAUACCAACUCCUAUCUCUCCGAGCAGGACCGCAGCCGCGAGCUAGCAUGAAGAAAUCAUGCCUGUCUGACUGAACGAGUGCUCUAAAGUUCCCCUAUGGACUUUGCUGAGAACUUCUGGCAAUCAGCAAAAACACCCACAGCAGCUGUCUCAUCUUUCGUCUGGCAGAGCUUUGACUUCAGCAGCUGGCAGCGUCUUUUCUGAAGACAGAAGCUUUUCUAAUGCAAAGAAUGAAACGCCUGGCAUCCCAAACGGGACGAAAAGGGACCGUGUGACUCAAGAGCUGGUGGAUUUGAGUAUGACUGGUGAUGUUUGAGAACCACAUGACACAGUGGCAUGUGACAUGAACUUCUAACUAUGAAGCUAGUUUCUCCUUAGCGCCUCAGUGAAUGAAUCCAAUUGUUUUACAUGUCAUGUAAUCGAUGUGCUCUGAGCUUCAGCUGCUUGUUGUUAAGUUGACCACUACUCUGCUCAUGCUGUGGAUGACUGGUUCUCUAAAAGCUCCUUCUGUCCCACUGUAACCCAGCUAAGAUCGCUUCACACGUCUAGAUUAUCCUGGUUCUGCAACCCCCAAGGCAUUUCACAACACAUCCAUUCACGCUCACCCAUUCACACCGGUGGUGAUGAGCUACAGUGUAGCCACAGAAGAAGAAGAUAUCAUUUCUAUAGCGCCUCUCAAGAUAAAAAUCACGAGGCGCUUCACAAAAACAAAAAAUUUAAAAAGAUAAAGAAGAAUUUAGAAAAUGGUUAAAAUAUAUUUAAAACGAGAAAAAAUAGACAAUUGUGAUUAAAAAUGUUAAGAAAGAGAGAGAGUUAAUAGUGUCUUCAGAAAAGACAGCUGCCCUGGGGCACGCUGACGGGUUAAGUGUCUUUCCUAAAGACAUAAAUACUGCGGCAGGCUGAGCGGGACUCGAUCCUGUAACCCUCUGGUUAUGAGACGAGCGCUAAACUCCUGCCUCCGUCGUCCCCGCCUUUCAUCGUCUAAUGAAAUGUAGUCAUUUGCUCCAGUUGUGUUUGUGGAAAAUAUUUAAAUCUAGCAUUUUUUAUCUUUUUUAUUUCUUUAUAAAUGAUCAGUUGAAUAAACUAGAUCCAAAAUGUUUUACACAUAUCCUGCAGUGAGCUUAAACGUUAAAUCCAUUAGAUUUACAUAUUUUUAGGGUUCUGAACAAACAAAAGCUCAGUUAGACCCAAACAGCAGAACUGUCAUUAAUCAGCCAUUAGUCGGCACAACACCAGGAAGAGAGCAACUCCAAACACCCGAGGGGCCUGGCUGAAGCAUGUUUUACACACACACACACACACACACACACACACACACACACACACACACGUGCACCCACGCGCACACACACACAUACACACACGCACGUGCACCCACGCACACACACACAUACACACACACACCCACGCACACACACACAUACACACACACACCCACACACACACACAUAUACACACACACAUACACACACCCACACAUACACACACCCACACACACACACAUAUACACACACACAUACACACACCCACGCACACACACACACAUACACACACGCGCGCGCACACACACACACAUACACACAUACACA